UAAUUAUGACAGUGACAGCUGUAUUGAAAAAAGUGCAGUUUUAUUUAUUCUAAUUUGAGCAAAUGAUUAAUUAAAACAAUUAAAUGAGGUGUUUGCGUUUUAGUUGUUCAAAUUAUGUCUACUAGAUCACAACUAACAAAGGAUUUAAACGAAAGCAUUAAAUCCUCAGUAGGAAAUAAAGUAAAAAUACUUUUCAAAAAUGUGGUUCGACUGGAAACCAAAGGAGACAAGACUGAAAACAGAGUUUUGGUAUUUUCACCAUGUCGAAUUUUACUUCUCACAGCAAAGGUGCCAACAAAAAUCGACACUCACUUCCAUUACUUGGAAGUCCAAGCGUUGGAGAGCAAAAGAGGAAAUCAGCUGAGCCUUACAGUUAACGACAAAGUUUACUCCUUUUUGGUAGGAGAAGACUCAAAAUGUAGCACCGAGGUCGAUAAUAUGAUAGGAGCUUUGAAUAAUGCCAUUAGGAAUAUUUUCCCCACAGUGCCACUACAUCAUAUUAUAAGAAAAAUUGAGGUAAUUCCUCAUACCAGAUUACAGCAGUUAAGAGAUUUAGAGGCUAUAGCAAGUAGUCGCAGGGAAGUAGGCCCUUGUGGGGGCUUCUCAAACCAGUAUGCCUGUAUGUGUGAUUUUCAUGGUAUGACUUAUCGAGAAGAGGUCGCCUGGGACAUUGACAACAUUUAUGUUUCUUUGAAUACAAGAGAACUUAGUCUCAAAGAUUUCGAAUAUCUGGAUCAGAAAGACUUAAUACCAAUAAUCAGUGCUCUUGAAUACAAUACGUGGUUCUCAAAACUAAGAGCAAAUCAAGUAAAAUUAUCACAUGACAACAUCGAUAGAAUUUUACAUGUUUUAAGAAAAUCCCUCAAUCUGGAAGAAAUAUAUCUUGAUAAUUUAGGUCUGAAGUCUGAUUUUGUGAACAAACUAUCAAGUGUUUUGAAACUAAACCUAGGAACUGCUCUACAUACUAUAGAUUUAUCAUUUAAUCCAAUUGAAGACAAAGGUGCUACUUAUUUGGGAAGCUGUAUCCCGAAGCUCAAUAAAGGUCUAGUCCAUUUGAAUUUAGCUCAUUGUGGUUUGAGCUCCAAAGGUGUUAACAAUUUGUUCAGUGCCUUGAACAACAAUUCAAGCUCUCUCACAACAUUGAUUUUUCUUAAUUUGAGCGGAAACAAUUUGAAAGAUGAUAUUACUCAUUUCCAUAACUUUUUAUCACAAUCGAAUGCACUUCAACAUAUAGAUAUUUCUUCUACAGAUAUAAUUCUCGAAAAUCUUUUUGGUGCAUUAGUACGGGGCUGUACAACUAACUUGGUUCACUUGAACUGCAGCAGAAAUCCCUUUAGUAGUAAAAAAAACAAAGAAGCCCCCAUAUCUUUGAAACAAUUUUUCAGUUCAACACUUAAUCUAAAAUACCUCAAUAUUUCGCAUUGUAAAUUACCCCAAGAAGCACUGAAAAAUCUAUUAUUAGGAUUGGCCUGCAAUGAAUUUACCAAAGAAAUGACGUUAGAUAUAAGCAAUUGUGGACUUGGUAGUCAAGGUGCGCAUGUUUUAGAGAGCUGUGUACAUGGUGUUCGAUGUAUUUCUAGUCUUGAUAUAUCCGAGAACAAUAUGGACUCGGAUCUUUGCAAUGUAGUGAUAGCAAUAAGCAAAAAUAAGUCUCUCAAACAUCUGAACAUGGCUCGAACAAUGAAGAAACACAUGUCGCUCAUUAUGGAUUCAGUGGUCCAAAUUGUGCAGGAUGAUGAGUGUCUCUUACAGUCGCUCAUGAUUCCAGACUGUCGCUUACGUUCGGACCUCUUCAAUCUUCUCAAUGCUCUAGGAGAUAAUAAGUCAUUAGAAACGUUAGAUAUUAGUGGUAACCACAUUGGUGAUUCUGGUGCUAGAUUGUUAGCAAAAGCUUUACAAAUAAACAAUAAACUGAAAACAAUCAUUUAUGAUAGAAAUAAUAUAACACUCCAAGGAUACAAUGACAUAGUAUAUGCUCUUGAGAGUAACCGAACUGUGCAAUAUAUGCCUUUUCCCAUAUAUGACAUAACUCCUUGUAUGAAAGCAAAUGCUGAACGUACAGAUUUACUUAUGAAGAAAAUUCAAGAUUUAUUAAACAGAAAUGUUUCUCACAAACAGCACUUACUUAAAGCAAUACCUUUGCAACCUGGGUUUUUGUUGACCUCUAAGCUGCAAGCCCUAGAUCGUUUAGUGCAACAAACUCAGGAAGCUAUAAGAAAUCUUACAUCUGAUUCGAUAUCAUCAAGUAAUGACAUUAACCAUGCUACAGGAGUGAUAGAGGAUGCAGAAAAUUCAAAACAGCUCCUAGUUAGGCUGCAAGAGGUUGCUCAACAUAGAGAUGACAAGCGCCCUAAUCCUGUAGAAGAGAAGCUACAUCAAGCUGCUAAUGAAGUUCAUAGUAGCAUUUGUGAUUAUGUUCAGGCCACUACAGAGAAGAUGCUCAAAUGUUGCAGAGACCAAUGUCCUUAUGUUUUGCAUGACGAAGAGACAAUACAAGACAUUAAGCGAGAGUGUCGAAAGAAAAAACAGAUACCAUUGGAUUUUGUAACAACUUGUAUAAAUCAACAGGCUGGAAUUGAUAUUAUGAACAGAACAAGAGAACUGAAUAUUAUGGUUGCUUCCCAUUUGUCAGAACAAGUUAUUGAUGAAGUUUAUGAGGCAUUGAUGAGAAGUUACAAGAUAUUGGUUGGUGAUGCAGGUGCAAUAAGAAUUGAUUCUCCCCCUAGGAGGUCUAGGUUAAGUAGUUCCAAUAGUUCGAGACAUGGCGCUAGUGAUAUUUCCAUUACCGACAGCAGCCACCAGUCUGAUCAUUCUCCUUUGGCCACACCUUAUCUUUCAAUCAAAAGAAAGAGUUUACACGGUCGUAAGUUACGACCUAAAUCAGUUGUCGAUAGUGUAGAAGGAAUAUCAGCGGACGACAUACCUAGUUUAUUACCAUCACUUCCUGGCAAUUCAGAAGAGGAGGAUUCCGUCACAGAAUUACCGAAUGCUGGUCAUCAGUUGCAACACCUAGUCAAAGGCAUUUUCCUUAAUAAAGGUCGUCCUAGAAGAGCAAAAACUAGAGCUCCAACACGACCUGUGGUAAAACCCCCAGAUAACACAGAUUCGACAUCACAAGAUUUGGUGGAAGGUUUGGAUUCAUUCUUCCGUCCAGGCUCUGUAACACCAACAUCAGAUGACUGCUAUUCGUUCCAUACUGUUGGAAGUCCAAAUCACGACUUUUCAUCACCGACAUUAAGUGAAGAUCGCAGAACACCUAAAUUAAGCAGAAAUUCACCACUUCUACGAGGUUUGAUGACUCCAACACCAAGGUCCAGAUCUAUUGAUAACUUAGAAAAGUUCUCUCCAUCUUUCCUGAGAAAGAGUACCGGAGAUUCUGCAUCUCCACUUAGCAGACGGUUCACUGGAGAGAGCAUUAAAUCACAAGAAAGCAGUAACGGCAGCCUUGCGACUGAAUCUAGUUUUAAUCAAUCUCCUGCAAGUACUUUGUCAAAAAGAGUGUCUCCGAAUGGACUAACAGAUGAAUCUGAUUCGGUGAAACAUUUGAAACUGAAAAAUUGUCCAGCAACAGCGCCAAAGCAGCGUCCGUGGUCUAUGGUGAAUUCUGAAGCAAAGUCAGGAGAUUUGGGUUUAUUGAGCGACGGUUCAUCACCAAACAAUUCUACAGGGAACACCCCUGAUUCAGCCGAAGCAUUAGAUAGUUCAGAAUCUUCAUCGAUUGACAGAAGGCUUGCGAAAGAUAUUAAAUUGAAGCGAACUGGCAUUUUGCAGAAUUAUUUUCCAGAUCGUGGCGAUUUCAAGUUUUUAUCCCGUUACAAGGAGACGAUUAAAAGACAAGAACAUGCGGUUAACAAUGUAGAAACGAGAAGGGAUACCAACUAUAAUUGUAGAGAGACAGAAGAUGCACAUAUAAGUAGAUAGUUUUCUCAACUUCCAAAAUUAGGUAUCGAAAACUAAUACCAUUUCUAGAAGUAUUUGGAUUGGAGGCAACCUUGUUGUAUUUUUGUUACCUUGGCUUCAAUAGUAGGCAUCUAUUUUCGA